AUGUAUAAGUGCAUAGUGUGCAGAAAUACUCAAGCGAGGACCAGGUACCUGCGUCCCAAUGUUACUUAUCAUACAUUUCCUAAGAAUGAAUACAGAAGAAAGAAAUGGCUAAAAAUGUUUGGCAUUGAUCGUUGUUACGAUUGGCAUCGUAUAUGCAGCGAUCAUUUUCUUGAAGAUGACUAUAGGCCAGGACAAAAGAAAUUUUUAAAAAAACAUACUGUUCCUCAACCUUAUAACAGAAAUAAUGAAGAAAAUGGUUUUCUUUCUAACUAUACUAAUAUUAUUCAAAGUAAUGAUAUAGAAAUGGACAAUAAUGAAUUUUUACCAACAGAACAAAAUCAUUUAAGUUAUACAACUCAAGGUGAAGAUGUUGAAACGAGUACUAAUGAACUUUUACCGGAGGAACAAAGUGGUUUAAAUUAUACAGCUCAAAGUAAUGAUUUUGAAACGAGUACUAAUGAAUUUUUACCGAGGGAACAAAAUCAUUUAAGUUGUACCACUCAGAGUAUCGAUGUUGAAACUAGUACUAAUGCAUUUUUACCGGGAAAACGAAAUCAUUUAAGAGAGGUACAAAAUGCUGUUAUAAACCAUUUUGAAUCACCAAGACGGUCGUGUAGAAAAAUUAAACUAACUACGACUAAUGAAGAUAUGAGCUAUGAAAACAUGCCGAGGCUCCAAACUGAACGAUUUGAGAGGCAUGUUCCUACGUUCAUUGCCAAUGAGGAAAUUCAAACAGUCAGUGACAGGGUUGUAAUUCCAGUGUUAACAACUCCUAAGGACCACACUUUGGGAAAUGGACCUCGCUGUUCUGUGAAAAAUUGUUUGAACCGCUAUUCAAAGGAUCUUAGUUUCUUUGGUUACCCUAGAAAUUUCACACUCAGAAAAAAAUGGAUUGAAUUAUGCGGAUUACAAGUUGAUCCUACUGAAAAAUUAAAAAGUAACUUAAGAGUAUGUCGUGCUCAUUUUGAAGAGGAUUGCUUCAAUACUAAAAGAAAAAAUAGAUUAAGAUCUGAUGCUAUUCCUUCAUUAUUUUUAGAUAACGAUGUAAUAGAUGCAAGAAAUAUUCCAUCAACAAGUUCGGCUGUCAAUAGCGGUUUUAAUCGUGUAAAUAAACCAUCGCCUAUAAAAAGUGGGACUUGUCGUUCCAAUAAACGAUCACCUGUCAAGAAUGGGGUUAUUCGUGCAAAUAAACCAUCUUGUUCGUCUACAAAUUAUGUUGCAAAGAUGAAUAAUACCGAAACUCCGUUAUUGGUUUAUAUUGACUCAACUAUUCGUUAUGCUAAGGAUUUUACUGGUAACUGUUCUAUACCUGGUUGCAUAACAAAUACUAUUGACGAGGUUGAAGAUAUUUCCCUUUUCGCACCAACAAAAGAAUUGGUAAAUCCGUGGAGUUCAGCUUUAGGUUUGGAUUUGACUAUAAACAGUAUUGUGUGUGAAAGGCAUUUCAAACCCGAGGACAUAAUUCGUCCCAGUUUAUUGAUAAAUGAUGAAGAUAGAAAAUUAGGUACAUUAAAACCUCUUGCUUUGCCAGUACGAGUAAUGAAUGCUAUGCCUGAAUCGAGAACCUAUUGUACUAUGCCUGGAUGUACUACUAAUAUUUUCGAAAAAGUUGAAGAUAUUACCUUUUUCUCACCACAAAAUGAGGAAGAUGUAACUGAGUGGAGUUCAAGUGUACGUAUGAAUUUUACUAUAAACAGCGUUGUGUGUGAAAAGCAUUUCAGACCUGAGGACAUAGUCUUAUCGUCAAAUGGUUUAAAGUCAUUAGCACCUUUUGCUGUGCCAGUUACUGUAAUGGCGAUCUCAGACCAUACAGCUCAUCUAUCAUGUUCUAUACCUGGAUGCAUUACUAAUGAUCCCAAUACUAUGGAAAUUGAAGAUAUUUCCCUUUUCUCACCAAGAAAAGAAAUGUUAAAUAUGUGGGGUUCAAUUUUAGGUUUCGAUUUGACUGUUAACAGUAUUCUGUGUGAAAGGCAUUUCAAACCCCAAGACUUGGUUCAACCCUCAUUACGUGGCCACGAUGGUGUUCAUCGAAUGUUCAAAUCAUUAAUGCCUUUUUCUUUGCCAUUGCCAGUGAAUGAUGAUGGGCUAUCAGCAUCUAAUGCUACACCAUUCAUACAACAAUUAGAAACUAAUGAUGUGCCUGUAUUGAGGACAUAUGAUGUUAAACUCAAAAGACAUAAAUCUGAUGAACUGUUGGGUACAAAAACAAUAAAAAACAAUGUUUUAGAUAAAUCAUUAUCCACUGCCGAUAGAAUGUUUCCGUCAAAAAAUAAAAAUAAAGAGUUUACUGCGGUUACAAAUGACACACAUGAACACAAUACAACUCCUGAUUUAGAUCCAACAUUAAAAUCAAAUACUGUAAACUCGGUUGAUUUGUCGAUUUUGAAAAUUGAGCCCCUUGAUAAUGAUGGUUUACAAACAAAUUUGGAAAGAGAACCAGAACAGCUACUACCAGCUUUAGGAACGGAACUAGUUGAAGAUGAUGAUUUACUUCCAUUAUCUUCAAUUGAUGAUUCUUUAUCGAUAUCAUUAAAAAAACUAAAAAACAUUUCAGCUAAUAGUUCGUUGUCCAUUACCUUGGCACCAAUUGAAAAUUCUAAAAUAACAGAACCAUCAGUAGAUUUAUUGUCAAAAGUGUCUCCUAAAAGUUCUUUGUCCAUUACAUUACGACCAAAACAUAACCUCUCAUCGACCACAAAUAAUAGUAGCCCGUCUAUUAUCUUACCCCAUUGUCUUCCAUCCACUUCAAGUAGUUAUCCCCCUAAUAUAUCACAACAAAGUUUACAGUAUAAACAGAAAGCUACUUCAACCUUAAAAAUGCCAGAUAAAUUGUCUUCUAAUACUGUUGAAAUAAAGAUGCCAGUAAUUUCAAAAUGUGUUUCAUUAGCCGUACAGUCAGAUACCCAUGAUUCUAUUCCAUAUAUAGUAAUUGAUGAUGACGAUACUGAAGAUACCCAUGAUUCUAUUCCAUAUAUAGUAAUUGAUGAUGACGAUACUGAAGACGAUACUGAAGAUUUUAUAGAGAAAGAUAACGGAUUCAUUCACGAAAUUUCUAAAAAAGAUGUUACUUCGUGUUCUGCCUGUCAAGAGAAAUUUCAAGAAUUGCACCAAGUGUCUAAAUCUCAAGCUAAAGUUUCUGAAAGUCUUAUACAACGUAUUUGUAAACAGACAGCAAGCGUGUUCAAACUUAAAGAAAAUAUGGAAAUUAAUAAAAUAAAUCCUGCCACAUUACAACCAGUCAGCCUUAUAAAUUCUAUGAGAACAUUAAUUGAGGCGCUGAUCGCUAAAGUGGCGUAA